UUCAGAACUCAUAUUUCGCGCCAUUAAGAGGCAGCCAUUUGGCUUGACUGCGAACCCCGCGACAGGAAGUGAGUGAUGAAGGUGCUACGCAGGCGCAAAUUGACCUUUCGGUUGAAGAACCCGUCGGUCACAUAUCCACGUAUUUAAAGCACCGCACACAACAUGGGUGACAUCGAAGACACACACUUCGAGACCGGGGACUCCGGCGCCUCCGCGACCUUCCCCAUGCAAUGUUCGGCCCUCCGCAAGAACGGUUUCGUGAUGCUGAAGGGACGUCCAUGCAAAAUCGUUGAAAUGUCCACAUCGAAGACAGGCAAACACGGACAUGCUAAAGUCCAUCUUGUGGGAAUUGAUAUAUUCAAUGGAAAGAAAUAUGAAGAUAUCUGUCCAUCAACCCACAACAUGGACGUGCCCCACGUGAAGCGCGAGGACUACCAGCUGACCGACAUAUCGGACGACGGCUACCUCACCCUGAUGGCCGACAACGGAGACCUCCGCGAGGACCUCAAGAUACCCGACGGAGACCUCGGCACCCAGCUCCGCUCCGACUUCGACAGCGGCAAAGAGUUGCUGUGCACCGUGCUGAAGUCCUGCGGCGAGGAGUGUGUGAUCGCAGUGAAGGCAAACACGGCUCUCGACAAAUAAACCAACUCAGCAUUUAUAGGGAUAUAACAAACAUAUAAUUUUUUUACAAUCAACAACUUACAUAAAUGUAAAACAUAAUAUUAUGUAUAAUUUAACGUAAAAUAUGAUCGUUCGACGCCGGUCCGUCGACGUCCGCUUCCGUCUCCGCGCACCACUCGGCCGGCGACAAUCGACGCCAGGAGAUCUCUGCUCAACCCGAACCGAAACUUGCGAUACAAUCGACCGCUUGGAGUCCAUCGUCGCGAGAGCGAGCGAUUGUCGCCGAGAGCUUCGACGCCGACCAGCAAUGUAUGAGCGCUGGCAGACGAGACGAGAGCGGGCGGACGCGGAACUUCACGUUUGUUUUGUUUUGUUUGUUCUCUUUUCGCUUACUACGUCUCAUAGUUACAUUGCGAGUCGCCGAGAGUUUGCGAACGACGUCGGUGCGAUGCCGCGUGGACCCCGUCGGGGAGACGGACGCAAACUUGAAGUUAUCAUCGUAAUUUAACGCUAAUUUAAUCGAUACAUAUAACAGGACCGAUAAAAAAAGGAUAAAAAAUUUACAAAAAAAUAGAAAUAAAGAAAAAUUCUUGAA